CCAUUCGCUUUCAGACAGUCUGAUCACGAUGGAGUCGUUAUUUUUGUCGUCGUCAUUCUUAUCGCCCCUCGCGAUCCUGUUGACCACUUUAGUCAUUAUCAUUGUGCUGAAGGUUAUCGCGUUUGUGUAUCAUCAGCAGACAUACUGGAAGAAACGGAAUGUCCCCUACAUACAUACGAUCCCGAGUAUGAAAAUAUCCUUGAGAGCGUUACUGCGACACAUCGAUUUUACUGAAUACAACCAAUUUAUCUACAACUAUGUGUCGGACGCCAAGUAUAUCGGUCUGAUGAGCUUGAACACCCCUCUUGUCCUUUUGCGCGACCCUGAACUGAUCAAGGACGUGAUGGUGAAGGACUUCGAGCAUUUUCCGGACCAUAAGAGUAUACUGAGCGAAGAAGUAGAGCCGUUGUUUAGCAGAAAUGUUGUAGCUUUGCGUGGCAACCGUUGGAAAGAGAUGAGAAACACGCUGAGCCCUUCCUUUACCGCCAGCAAGAUGAAGAUCAUGUUUGAGCUAGUGUCCAAGUGUUCCUGCGAGUUCGCCGAAUAUCUAGCCGAUCAUCCGGAGUUGUGUUCUUCCAUCGACACGAAAGAAGCCUUCAGGCGGUAUACCACCGAUGUGAUCGCCACGUCGGCCUUCGGUAUCAGUGUCAAUUCCAUGAAGGAUCGGGACAACGAGUUUUUUAUUAGAGGAAUCGAGGCCACCACGUUCAGCGGAUUCAAGAUGAUGCUAAAGUUCAUAUUUAUCCGCGUGUGUCCGCGUUUGACGAAGAUGUUGGGUAUAAGCGUCUUCUCUUCAGUAACGUCGCAAUUCUUCAAAAGAAUCGUGGCGGAGGCUAUCAGAGUUCGGGAUGAGCAGGGUAUCGUUCGGCCGGACAUGAUUCACUUGUUGAUGCAAGCUCGGGACAAAAAGGGCCCCAAUGUGCACGAAGUCACGCUGGACGACAUUGUCGCUCAGGCUUUCAUCUUCUUCCUCGCCGGUUUCGACACAUCUGCGACGCUCAUGUGCUUCCUCGCUCAUGAGCUCGCGGUCCAUCGGGACAUUCAGGACCGUCUGUGGGAGGAAGUAGAGAAGCACUUCGCUGAGGGUAACGGCGAGAUCACCUACGAGGCGAUGUCGAAGAUGGUUUAUAUGGACAUGGUAGUGUCGGAGGCUCUGCGGAAGUAUCCGCCGGCGGCGUUCAUUGACAGGCUUUGCGUUAAGAAAUAUGAGCUUCCGCCGGCGAAGGCCGGUUACAAGAAUGUCGUCAUCGAGCCCGACUUUAUGAUGUUGAUGCCUGUUUACGCCUUGCACCAUGACUCCAAGUACUUCUCGAACCCCUCCAAGUUCGACCCUGAGAGGUUCAGCGACGAGAACAAGGAUAACAUUGUACCAUACACUUAUAUGCCCUUCGGCCACGGACCCAGGAAGUGCAUUGGCAAUCGCUUCGCCCUCAUGGAAACGAAGCUCUUGGUGGCUUACCUUCUUCGUAGGUUCAUAUUCAAGACCACGGAGAAGACCGUCGAGCCCAUCGUAUUCGACAAAAAACAGUUCUCGUUGCAGCCCGAGGGCGGAUUCUGGAUCGGCUUGGAAAAAAGGCAGAAGUGAAACGGAAUAUUGUAUGAGAGGGGGGGGGAUAGUUUAUUCUACAUCUGC